UGUUGCUGUUGUUGCUGGCGGAGGACCGCCCGGACCCGAGCCGGACCGGUCCACAAGAAUUCACGACGAAGAAGACGAGGACAUCACCGAGCGGGAGGACGAGGAGGAGGACGAGGAUCCUUGCAGCUCGCCGGAACCCGACCUUGAAAACGACUCCGAACCCAUGGAGAUCCAAGCGUCGGCUGUCACCGCGGCAGCCGCGAAUCUCCACGCGCUACGCCAGCACGUAUUUAAAAUGUCGGAUUACUGGCAGCAGCCGCAACGCGGUCCGCCUCAACAUUCACCCGGACUACAGCACAGUCCCAUCUCAAAUUCGACGCACCAGCAGCAGGUCCAGCAACUGCAUAGUCCGCUCGGGCAGCAGCAGCAGCAGCAGCAACAACAGCAGCAGCAGCAGCAGCAGCAGCAGCAACAGCAACAGCAGCAGCAACAGCAGACUGCAGUUUCGCAGGUACAGCAGAACGCGAACGCGACCCUUGGCGGUCAAACCGCGAGUCCGCAACAGCAAAUGCAGCAGCAACAACAGCAGCACGCGUUGUCGAUGAAUCAGACUAAUCAAGGCCCGCAGCAUCAGUCUUCCCCAGCACCAACGACGCCGUCGCCGCAGGCAGAUCAUCAGGGCGCCAUUGCUUCCAGCAUGGCUCAGAGUCUGCACAGUCUCGCCCAGGCACAGACCAUGUCGCAAGCGUCGAGUCCGUCCUUGGCGGUUCAGGCCGUCCAGGCGGCUCAGGCGCUUAAUCAGAAUCUGGGCCAGGCGCUAACCCAAGCGCUUACGCAAAAUAUGCAGCAAAAUCUUGGACAAACCCUACAGCAUAAUUUGGCACAGAGCUUGACGCCGAAUCUGUCGCCGCAACAGCAACAACAACUGCUCAACCAACCGCAAAAUCUAAGCCAGGCGAGCCAAAGUCUACAACAGAACAUCCAAAGUCAAGCGCAAAAUUUGUCCCAAACGCUGCAGCAGCAGGCGCAGAACCUCACGCAGAAUCUUGGCCAGGCGCUCAACCAGCAAGCGUUACAACAGCAGGCGCAAAAUCUCACGCAGAAUCUACAGCAGGCGCAAAAUCUCACCCAAAAUCUUCAGCAGCAGGCGCUCAACAUGGCCGGUACAAUCGCUCAGAAUGGCGGUCUCGCCGGUAUGAACAUGUCGGGCAAUCAACAGCAGAAUUCACAGAACUCCAUGCUGAGUCCGGGUGCCACCAGCCAGGACUCUCACGACGCCACGCUCACGGAGAAGCUCGUCAACGAGUUGCAGUCUCGUGCCUCUGCGGCGGGGCUUGGAGGUGCAGUAGGUGCCGGCGGUGGUGGAGGAAUGGGCAACAUCAGCGAACGCACCCUCGAGGAAUGCUGGUCCACCCUGCAGCGAUUCUUCUCGCAGAUCUUCAUGCACAAGAGCGCGAUGCAGAUGCACGCGAGGGAGCUGAGCGCGGGUGCACUGACGGCGAGGCCCGGCGGCGGCGUCGCCGGCGGCCUGGCCGGUUUGGGUGUCGGUGUCGGCGUCGGCGUCGGACCGGGCGGCAUGAUCGGCAGCAACGAAGUUAAGCCGCACCAGUGCCAGCAGUGCCUCAAAUCGUUCUCCAGCAAUCACCAGCUCGUGCAGCACAUCAGGGUCCACACCGGCGAGAAGCCAUACAAAUGCAGCUACUGCGACCGCAGGUUCAAGCAGCUCAGCCACGUGCAGCAGCACACACGACUGCAUACGGGUGAACGACCGUACAAGUGCCAUUUACCGGACUGCGGGCGGGCCUUCAUCCAACUGUCGAAUUUGCAGCAACACCUGAGGAAUCACGACGCUCAGGUGGAGCGAGCGAAGAACCGGCCGUUUCACUGCAACAUCUGCGGCAAGGGUUUCGCCACGGAGUCCAGCCUCCGUACCCAUACGUCGAAGGUCAGUCAUUGUUCGAAGUACCCAUGGCAACGAUUAAAGGAGUUGCAACAGCGUGUUGUGUUCCAGCAACACGCCGCCCUGAUCGGCGGCCCGAACGCAACCAGCUGUCCAGUAUGCCACAAGCUCUUCCUCGGCGGCGAGGCGUUGAUGGAGCACAUGAAGCACACCCACAAGGACCCGAACGCCUCCGGAGUUGCCAUUCCCUCCGCUGACUGCACAACCUCCGUUGCCGGGGUUUACCUAGCGAAGCGACGGACCGCCAACCACCCAUGCCCAGUGUGCGGGAAGCACUACGUCAACGAGGGUAGCCUUAGGAAGCAUCUGGCCUGCCAUCCUGAGACCAGUCAACUUAGCACGAGCCUCAGGAUGUGGCCGUGCUCGGUGUGCCAAGCCGUCUUCACUCACGAGAGCGGUCUCCUGAGCCACAUGGAACAUAUGAGGAUGGACCCGAAGCAUCAAUUCGCGGCGCAGUACGUGCUGAGUCGCGCGGCCGCCGAGAGGCGGGAGAGGGAGAUUCUCGCGAGUUCGAGUUUAGGAGCGGGUUUGGGCGUGUUGGGGGGAAGUCAGUCGGGAGGCCCGCAAAAUUUGCAACAACCACCAAUGUGCCCGUCGCCGUCGGCCCAUUCCGACAGCAGUAGCGGCAACGGAAGACUGUCCUCGGCCGGUAGUGAACCUGAUUUUUGCGCAGGCACCGGUCUACUGAACAACAACAACAAUAAUAACAAUAACAAUAUGGCGUCGCCGGGACCGAGCGGCAACAAACUUAGCGAGAUACUGCGAACGGGAAGUCAACCGGGUUCGGCGCAGCAAUAUCACGACGAGAUGCAAUCGCAGCAACAACGUAUGGCUGUCAUGGCUGCGGUGUCAGCGGGAUUGCAAAAUUCCGUGUCGCCUAAUCUCUCGCCGGUUGACAUGGCGUCGUUGGCGGCGGCUAUGAGAAUGGGCAAUAACGGUGACAUGAGCGGCAGUACUCAAGGAUCGACGGGACCCCAGCAGCAGGGAGUGCAAGCGAGCGGACCGGAGCAGGCGCUAAGGAUGCACCAGGCGGAAGCUCUGCUCCGUUCCCAGGCCGAAGCUGCUCUGAGACUGGCGGUAUCUCAAGCGGCGGCAGCCGCGGCAAGUUCCGCGGUGGGCGGCGACGUGAGGCAUCAUUUGGGACAGCAUAACGGAGGCAGCACCUCCGGCAUGCCGGGACACCAUACGAAUCAACAAAUGUCCCAACAAGAUACUUUGACGCCGGAUCUCGAGUUGCGAUUCGCAAUGAAAGCUAACGAGACAUCGACGUUCGACAACCUUUCAGGAGAGGCGCUACGGCUACAGGAGCAACGAUUAGAGCAGGCCCUCAGGCUUCACGGCGGCGACCCGCGCGCCCUGAGUUUUACUCUGGCUCAGCAUGUCGUCAAUCAACAGAGCAAUCAGCAACCAUGAAAAUUCAGUUACUACUGAGACGAGUGGACCCCUUGGGCGUCGGAUCAGACGGCCCUGCAGAACGAGCGCAUGAACCAGCAGUCGCAAUCGUCGACGGAGCGCUCGACGCCGCUGCACGAUCAGCACCAGCAGCAGCAGCAGCAGGGCCCGUCCUCCAUCGGUCAUCAUCAACAACAGCAGCAACAACAACAGCAGCACCCUGAAGACCGUGGCGUCAAGAGGAAAGCCGACGAAAUGAUCGGUAACUCCGAGCACGCGUAAAAGCGAUUACAUCCCUGUAAUUCGCCCCUGCGCCCAAGUGCGGUCACCAGAAUUUCACUCGCUGUCUCAGCAGUACGAAAAAACGUCAAACAGAAGGACUUCGUGAGAAGGAAUUGUGUACUUCGGUGUCUUCCUACUCGGAUAGAACCGAUACGUGGCCGGGACCUCAGCCGGAAAUUGAUCAAGGGUGAUCACACCCUCGGUUGACGAACUCUCCGGAUGAGGCGCGCCGCCCCAGACGAAGGGAGGAGGAGGAGGAGGAGAGUGAGAGUAUACGUACGUGUAUAGCGAAACCGUUGCACGGCGCGAGGCGGACAGGAUCGCAGUGGCGACGGUCAUGUUUCUCGCGAUUCCCCGCGCGAUUUCCCGCGCGCGGUUCCGCGUCUUUGUUCCUACAUCGGUCCUGGACCCAAGGAUCUGCCGAACGGACUCCGCGACGGCGUUUUCGUACAUGUCGUCUCCGUUAGGAUUCUCUCAGGACACGUCGCCACUGCCGUACCGCCGCCUCGACUUCCGAAACGUGCCAUAAUAACUAACGAGAAGCUGCUUAAAAAAAAAAAACCAACAGCACUAAGUCAUCCCGGACGUCAUCCCGUUUCGGGGUGGUCCAGGGUGCACUCCAAGGUACUAUGAUCUUUUAGUACAAGAGCCGAUCGAGCGGCGCGCGACGGUACCGAGGGUCCAACGGGCGAUCCUCGACCGUUUCGUGCUGACCAGGCUCAACAAACCUAAACUAUAUAUAAAUAUUAUACAUAGACACGUCUAUCUCCGCUGAACCGCGCUUAAAAGGUUCCACCCCACUAAAGCCCCCCCCCCUAAAUCGUAAAAGCUCCCGUGAUGCUUAAAAAGCGAAUCGCGCACACACAUCAAUAACAUCCACAUAAGCAGGCUCAUCAGUGAUGCGUGUGCGUCGCGCGGUCAACGCGACGAACGAGUUUCACCACCAACGAGUGGUCGCGGACAUCGUCUCGCGUUAUACGGUUGUUAAUUAUAUAUACGUACCGAAAUCCCCUUCUCCGUGUGUGUGUAAAAGAGACAGACGAACGACGACGCAAACCGUACGGACGUUCUCUCACUUGCGAUCAACGUUUCGCGCGCGAACGACGACAAAGCGACGUUGACAGCUCGCGGACGAGAAACGACGAACGUCGUCGUCGUCGUCGGACGUAACACGUCGGAACAGAUACGUACGCACACACACGAGAAUACACAGAUACACGUAAAUACACAUACAUACACAUAUGUACACAUGUACAAUACAUAUAUUACAAAACUCAUCAGCAGCACACUUUUAAGGUGAAGAAUAUAAUUGCGCGCAACUUGUGCUCGUCGAUAGCACGAAAACUAUUAGCUCAUAAGCGAACAAACAAAAUAUAGUUAUUACAAACAGUUAUAUUAUAUAUAUUAUAUAUACAUACAGAGUAUGAAGAGUAUGACAGAGACAAAAAAAAACGGGCGAAACCCAUUCACACUUACACGUUUAACUAAAGGUAAGUGCGGUAAGCGUGAAAGAGCGAGCAUUUUUCGUGAGCAAAGCACGCGACGAAGAAGAGAGAAAUAAAAAAAACUAAAUGCUAAAUAUUAUAUAUAUUAUAUAUAUAAAUAUUAUAAAUAAUGAAUAUAGGGUCUAUGAGACUAGGAUAGUUAGGCGAAAGGGAAAUACGAGCGAAUGCGGAGCGCGCGCCCCCGUAGGUUUUACGCGAUCCCAAGCAUUGUCGACGUGAGAAUGCGACAGCACAGGUCGAGAAGGUAGAGGAGGACAGGUGCGAACGCGAGAAAGGGAGAGAGAGAGAGAGAGAGAGACCGAGGGAAAGAACGAAUGAUGCGAAUGAUCGUACGAAUCAACGACCUUGGGACCGACGUAGACGCGCGGGCGCGCCGUCGAGCGAAUGGGCUGAUCGAGUAAACGUGAAUGCUUCGUGAGCAUCAAGGAGGAGCGAAUGCGAAGACGAGAGUGAGAUUUUAGAAUGGCGUGCUUCAGGUAAUCUGAGGUCCUGUGAUCGUUAUAAGCGAAAUAUUUUUUUAUUUCCGGGUAAUAUAAUCUGAAACGCGUAAAACUUCUUGCGUCGUUUUGAACUUUUACUUGCAAUAUACCCUUACGUUCUCGCAAUACUUAGGAUGAAGAAUAAGAAGAAGACGAAUAGGAAAUAAAGAAGGUGGAUGAACAAAAAAACAAAGGAACAAAAAGAAAAUGAUACGAAGAUGAGGAUGACGAGGGAGAGGAAGAAUAUGAAGAGAUAAAAGUCCGUAGGUUUGAUCGUGGAGCGAACUUUUAGAGACUCGAGCCAGCCCCUUUACCCUCCCCUGAAAUACUCCUUCUUCACGACGUGGCCCCGUCAAUCUCCAAAGCCGACCAAAUCUCCCGUCGUCCUGUCCACCUCUCCGAAUCUUUGACUAAGCUUCAGAAUCGUUCGUACUUUCGGUGGGGUUAUCUUUCGAUGAGACCAGACGAGAUGAAGACGAGACGCUGACCGUAAGACACACCGGAGAGAAUCACAUUUGACGUUUCGUUAAAAGAAAAUUUUUCGGAGCACAAAAACGCGAGUUUCCAAAAGAAAGUAAAAAAAAAGCCGACUAAAAUUUUAAGAAGUUGUUUUGGGGGGAAAGAAACGAAGAAAAAGGCUAAAGUGCAUUGAAAAGUCGAUGGGCAUUCACCUAUGACACGAUUCGAUUUUUUCGUUUCUUCGAAUUUGGACUAAUAGAGUGCGAAAUUGAUUGGUAGCGUGCCGAAAUUGUACACAUCUUUGGACAUCAACGUCGACCGUGUUACUGUUGUUGUUGUUGUUUCCUUUCAGAGACUCUCGACGAAACUUUUCCGUUUCUUGACCGGCUCAUUUUUUAACAUCACCCCCCUCAAUCCUCUCGCUUUCCAUCUGAAAAUUCUCCCUUCAUCUUGUUUCUCCAAAAUGUAGAUCUUUCAAAUUCAGUCAAAUAAAAUUUCGCCUACGAGUAUAACUGGCAAAAUCUUUUCUCUCGCCUACGUUUAGAAAUCACGUUUUCCGGGUGAACGAACUGUGAGAAAUUAUCUAACGUAAAAAAUUUUCCCAUGACGUAUGAUACGUCCUUCCCAUCUUUCAUGUCCAUUUGUUCGCCAAUUACGAAAAUAACCUAACGUCGUCAUCUUCGUUGAACGUAAAAGACACGCGCCGAGAAGCCGCCGGAUAGCCAGGCUUUUUGACCAUCGGGACGAGAGAUGAAAAGAUCACUAAAGAAUUCAUCGUCAAAGCUACAUUUAACGAUCGCACUCGCCUCGCGAUCGGAACUCGACGGAUACGUUUUCUUUCGAAAAGUUUGCAAAAUUGUCAACCUCUCGAAAGCGUUCUCCUCGCCAUUGGAAUUGAUAUUUCGCAAAGCUUAAAUUCGGAAAUUUUAGGAAAAUUUAUAAUCUUUUUCUGAAUUUACCUUGAUUUUUUUUGCGAGGGAGAAAGUAAAGUUAGCGAACCUCCUCGAGUUCCGGCGAUCGCAACCGCGGGUCGAUUCAUUGAUCGUUAUUAUUAAAGUUUUUGCGUUACAGGGCGUUUUUUCCUCGGAUUAAGUAGUAUGUAAAUACACCUUGAUAUCACAAGCAUAAACUGAGAAUUUACUGGUAACUUAAACGAACGUACAUAAUGCGAAAUAGGGUUAGUUUCUAUGUAAAUACCUAAAGCCUGGACGAGUGCAUACACCUCGUUCACGCAACCAAUGAUAAUCGUUUCUUAUCGAACCGGAGCUUCUGUUCGUUGUCGGCGCGUGUCCGUGACGAUCGGCGAUCGCUACCGCCCUCCCCGACCUCGUCGUCGCCCCGAGAGGGGAUGGAUUUCACAUCUCCGAGGGAGGGUCGCGUGCGGCAGCGUUCGCUGUCUCUCGGGCAUCACCGAUCGGGAAAUUCUUUUUUUUUCUCGACACUAAUACACCAUAUACACUUACACACAGACACACCACACGGCAUUGCGAUGGAUUGUACAGCUACAAUAGGAAAACGUCAAAAACACAAUCGUCGCACAUUUCGACGCCCACCCAACACCAUAGGGAUCGAUUUUUUCGAGAAAUUUUCACGGAUAAAAAAAUCGCGUGUUGCUUUUCAGAUGAUAAAAAAAAACUCGCAAACAAAAUGAAACACGUGGUGUAGGUUAGCGUAGGCAAAAGUUUGAAGCGCUUCUGUGCGAGAGAUGCGAGCGUGCUGCAUAAAAUCGAGAAUGAAAGAGAUAUUUGAGAAAAUCUGAAAGAGAGCGGAUGCAAAAUUCGAGUGCAAAAUAGAGAGAUUCGGAAAUUCGUUUAACAAAAAGGGGAAUGCCGGUCAAUAUCGCGCGGCAAGAUCGAGAAUGGACGAUUGAGCGAAUGAAAUAGAAUUUAGUUAGGCGGAGAGAGUUGUUAUAGCACGUAUCGCGCGGACCGAAGCGCGAAGCAAAUUCUCUUUGGAAUUAGCGGUGUCAUCCGAUAAUGACUUUCAGGUGAAUCGUAAUUUCAUUUCACGGUCCUUAAUCGAGAGCGUCGAGAGAUAUCGAGAACGGUGCACGAAACAGGUAGUAGGAGCGCGAAAGAGCGAAAUUAGAACGGAAUAAAGGAUGGAAAGGUCAGUGUUACUAGUUACCACCAUCAUCUCACCAUCACCAUUACAAAAAAAAAUUUUAAUAAAACAACAACGACAAAACAAUACAAAAACACUACCGCCACCAUCACGUCGAGAUCCUUCAUGAUGAUCGCGGUCACAUGAAACGAUUGACAGACGACUGUUUUCGACCGGUGCAUCCUGCCGUGCGCCGAGGGUUGCUUUUUCAAUCGGUAAAGCGAUCGGCGGGGUGGGUUUUCGCCGACUUUCCGCUGAUCGCGAUAACACCCCGCGCGAGAAAGAAGAUUUCCCGAGGCGCCGGCCCGUGCCCCGCGAACGUGUACCAUAAUUUUAAAUUUAAACGAAAGGUAAUGCAAAAAAAAAACACACACACAAGCGCGUUAAACAAUAGAUCUAGUAGUGUAUGUUCUGUAAUCAACUGAGAAGUAAGCGAGGAUAAAGAUAAAGAAAAGUAAUAAUAAUAAAAAAAUCGCGGGUCACCCCCGCGAAAAAAAGCUACAAAAAAAUAAUUUACAAAUAUAUUGAUUUACAUAUGCCCGUAACUCGUAAGGGGGUCGGUGGCGCAAACGCGCCCGCGUGAGAUUUUCGGGCCCUACGAAGACGAAGAAGAGAAGAGGAGAGGAGAGGAGAGGAGAGGAGAAGAGAGGAGACGGCGGGACAUGUACACGGCAUCCGCGAGCCGCGAGACGCAAGAGGCGAACUCGCGGCCAUAAAGCGGAAGCGGAUAAAGCGCGAAAGACCGUGGAAAAUCUAAGGAGAGUAACAGACGGUUGGGUCGUCCGUCUUCGUCGCCGAGAGAGGCGGCGAGCCGCGCAGGGAGAGAUGCGAAGCAGAGAUAAAAAAGCGGCUGUGAGCAGCGACGAGAUACGAAAGAAGAGACGGAGGCUCACAAACGCCUGACGACGGGAGAAUCCGGAGAGGAAAAACCCCCGAAGAAAAGAGGCGUCACGGACGACCCGAAGCCACAAGUGCCCGACCGUAGCCCGCUCGUGGAAACGCGACUAAGUAGUCGAAAAGGGGCCCCACAAUGAUGAUAAUUAUAAUAAAUAAAUAUAUAUACAGAGAGGUAUAUAUAUAUAUAUAUAAUAAAGAAAAUCUACAGCGCGACGUCGUCUGCAAAAUCGGCCCUACCCAUAAUCUUAAUCUCUUCCAUGUAAAUUUGCUAAAUGUUUAAAUAAUCUAAAAAGUGCCAUAGCCCGGAUGCGCUGGUGCAUACUCCCAGCGCAUACACACUUACAAAUACGACUCGACCUAACACGAAUCAAACGGAAAAUCCGCGGAUACGCGCGUGCAGAUGCGCCCGCGACCGCGGUAGAAUUGGUAAAGGAACAAAUACAGGUGACAACAGUGACAGGAACCAACGCAAACAGAAAACACCUCGCGAGAUUAGGCGCGAUAUCUCCCGCGCCGCGACGACACACCUUACACACAAGCUAAAUCGAAGUUGCCCUGAUUGACGAGCGUGCAACCCCGCGCGCUCAAACAUUUCUCAAUACACGAGCACGCGUGCAUGCGUGCGUGCGUGCGCGCGUGUUCACCCGCAUAAUACACUGUACAAGAAUACAAUCUUACACUUCCUACACACUUGAAGCACACUUUGUCUACACUUAAUUACACACUUGCUACGGAUAUGUAAAGCCAAUUAAUUUUGUAAAUUGUCCAAAAAAGAAUUUUUAAAAAGAUAUAUCGAUUCGGCCUCGGAACAACGUUAUAUUUUCGCGCGCGUCAUGCAGGAAACGCCGAUUCGCCUGAGAAAAGCUCGGCGGUUUCCUUUCUCUCUCUCUCUCUCUCUCUCUCUCUCUCUCGCGAGAGAGAGAGAGAGAGAGGGGGGAAGGCCCUCCUCGCUUCUCAAGCGGAGACGCGUUCUUCUCGGGCGCCGUUGGAAAAAAAAUGAUAUUGAUCGAUUUUUUCACGGUAAUUUGAGACGCAAAGAGCAAAAUUCGCGGCAUGAUGUGAAACGGCACACGCGUUUGUGCUCGUAGUGCUACGUGAUAAUAUGUAGAAACGCAGCAAAAUUUCGCGGCCUUUGGCAUACGUUUGGAUGCAGUACCGAUAAUGAACGUGUGCGUGCGUACUCGCGUGCGUACACGCGCGAGUGCGCACGCCCAAAACGCGUCCCGGACUUGACACGAGAGUACCCGGAUGUGACGUGUGGGCGGCCUCUUAGUCGGGCUUGAGUCCCGACGAUGGACAGGUGGCGAGGUGCCAGAGAAUUUCAAGUCAAUGACAAGCGAAAGAGGAUAAGAAAAAGAUUUGCGCGACAAAGUGGCGAACCAAGUUGAAAGCCCUUUGAUCGGCGAGAAAGAGAAAGGCACCUUGGAUGCCACCGCGAGAGAGACCCCUGUUUCCCCGAGACGCGAUAACGAAAGGUGUAAUAAUAACCACAUGAGGAACACACAACCAAGAGGAAUGUAGCAGCGGCAAUUGCAUAAGGGCCGUUGUUCAAGUGCGGCUUUACAAGCAAAAACCGUUGGUUUGUUUUCGAUCGGGUUUUAAUUUUUUAAUGAAAUAAUCUCACGACGCGCGGAUACAUAUCACGUACGAUCGCGCGCUCGCGCGCGCGCGCUCACGCCCAGCGCUAUGGAGUUUUGCCGGUGCAGGCAGCUUGUGAUUGCAGCACGGCGAUAUCCGUUGGGAUUGCAAACGGCACGACGCACGACGUAUGUGCAUAUUAUUCGCGGCAGUGUGUAUCGUAAGUGCGCAGCAUAUGAUAAAACCGACAGUCUAGCAGUGCGAGCGCCUCGGCGGCAUUCGCGUCUUCACGCGGUGACCCUGACCGAGCCUCCGUGAUUAAAAACCGGAAUAAGUUGUUUAAAUGUCCACUAUAUAAAUGAAAGAGCCAUAGUUGUUAAGGCGGUGGGUCCCGCCGUUCAGCGAGUCGAAUCGACCACCAUAUUCACACACGCACACACACUACACACGCGUUCGUCCUGGCCCCAGAGAGAGAACACUUCGAGAGAGAUGACGGCGGCGAGUCAACGGGGAAAAACGCGCGAGGGAGAGAAAGAGAGACAGGUACACACGGAGAUUUCAACGACCGCGAAAACUAUUUGGCAAACCGGCAAAAUUCUGAGGCUCCUGGCAGAUCGAAACAAUCAAGGUAGCCGAGACAAUCCGACUUGGAAAUUUGGCGUCUAAAUGCGACGUUCGGUAAGCAAAAUUAAUAACUUUAGUCCACAUUCUCGACAUUUUUAACAUUAAACGUGACUCUCUCUCUGAUUCCUAUUCUUAUCUCUCCUAAGGAGAAUUCUAUUGGCAUUCAGUGCCAAUCGAAGGGAUGAGAAUCAGGUGCCGUUAACGUUUAACGUUAGAUGUGUGACGAAAGUGUGGAUUCUUAUCUCGGCUACCGAGCGGAUGGGAAGAAUGAGAGAAGUAGGGAAAUAUCGGGAACGGAGAGCAUCCAGAGACUCCAAACCUUAUCGAAUCGAUCGAAGUCGUGAAGAAGUAGCGACUGCCAUGAUCCCAAUCAAUCCAUACAACAAUAGAUAAUGGUCGACGGCGACGAGCGUGCGGACCCAUCGCGCUGUCUCGUCACGGAUAGAUCGCGCAAACGCAACGUGCCGAUUAUCGGCUCGAUCGUAUCGCGUGGUCUCCCCGCGGCGAGGCGAUACUCUUUUCAAAAUAUUCUUCAUACUUCCGUUCAGGAGAAUGUGUUUCUUUCAACCUGAACCCGAGCAACCCCCCGCAUGCGUGCCCGAGGUGAAAAGCCGAGUCCGUUUAUUUGGCGUUAAAUCGACAAAAAAAAAAGGAAAGAGAACAACGAUAAUCGCGCGAAAGACGAAGUGAAAUUAUCGCUUGUGAAAAAUUGCGAAAUUUGUCAAAAGCGUAAAUACAAAUCGGCUUAAAAAAAAAAAAAAAAAAAAAAAAACAUAGAAACACGAAAACGUGUAAGAAACUACUAGUAUACCGUCCGCUGAGUGGGUGCCUUCGUCAGGGUUUUCCGUUACAGUAAACAAACAGUUCUCAAGUAUAACUCACAAUUAGUAGUGCUAUAGUAGGACAGUAAUCACAGUGUACCGCAGUUAAACAGUUAAAUAAGUAAGUAUACGGGAAGCACGUGGUCUUUUUCAGUGUCUGCAGAAUCUUGUCGUACACCAUCUACCGUUAAUCGGGUAGUGGCACGACCGGAAGUAUACCGGAUUCAUUUCGUGCGCAACUUCCUACCGGAACCUCUUCCGGACCCACGGUUUGGCUAAGCGUUUGCUCUCCCUCCCUAUGAUCCGAUUUUUUCGACAUUUCGAACGACCGAUGCAAAAAGAUUCGAUCGCGUUAUCGAGAGAAAACUUAUCCUAAAAGCAAAAUUUUUAAAAAUCUUCCCAACCUCACCAAACCGGUCGCUCGCAACCUUUCCUUUCACGAUUCAAUCGACAUUUAACAAAUAAAUAUGCUAAUAAGUGUACUAAGUGUCUGUAGUUUAGCCAACGUGUACGUUGUAUACUCUGAGAGAUAGGCGCGAGAAAGCUUGACGAAGAAGAAGAAAAUAGGACGCGAUGAAGAGAGAGAGAUAAGCGGGAGAAAGAGAGAGAUAGACGAUUGCACGGUGGAGCCAUAUUUAACUAACUGAUAACAAUUAAUUAAUUACAGUAAUCAUUCAAGACUUAAUUAACAGUUAACCGUACCGCAUACACACAUGAAUAAUUAUUAAUUACACGUACUCCAGUAUAUAAGUAAGAGCCGAGCGGUAGCGCCGCGCAUACCGCGCGCACCGCCUCUAUCCAAUAAAGAAAUCGCGGAGGCACUCACUACGGAGAUCAACGAGCGGGGACUCUGGGACUCGGGCGCGGAUCGGAGGGUGACCUGAACACGCGAGCCGGGAUUCCAGAUCGAAAUUAUCCGCCGAGUACUCAACAGUGGAAAAAAAAAACGCAAAAAGAGGAAAACGCCAAGUCCGACUCCUCGGACGAUCGGUUGUUUCGGCUUUAGGAUCGUUUCAGUUCGCUCACAACAAGAUCGCGACCGCGUACGUUCGGGCAACGCGUGUUCAGGUGUCCCGCACCCCCUGUUACUUUAUUGGUCUUUAAAGUGCAACGUUAAGUUAUUUCACUUACAGCGUUGUUUUUCUACACAAUACAAAAUACCCUACCACCCGUCCCUACCGGCGAACCAAUCCACUUCAUCACGCUCCCGCAGGAACAAAGCAUCCCCCUUCACCUACCGCCCCAACCACUCAUCCCCCAUAUACAAUGUUGUCUCACGUCCGUUCGCUAGAAACUUGGUUGCGAGUCCAGCGACAGAGCCACGCUCCGUCUCUCAUUGGAGAAAAUUAAAAAAGAUGUCGGGCAAGCUUUUCCAUUUUUAACAAAGAAGAAUUCUGGAGUUGGCUUAUAGAGAGAUUAUCGAUUUAGUUCUCAAAAAAUGUUUCCGAAAAAUUUCUGAAAAUUCUUUGCGAAAAUGAUUCAACUUUUAUUGUUAUUCUAACGGUGCAUUUCGCUCAAUGGGACGGAGCGCGACUUGACCUGGACUUUGAAAAAAAAGCGAACGUUAAGUUUCAGAAUUCAGACUUUUACGUACAGUUAGUUACGUAAGUAAUACAGCGCAAGUUAUCGUUAAUUUUUGACGCGCAGCCUCGUCGCGACGAGGGUGACUCUAAAAAUGUGCACGACCAUCUGCACAAAUCUUUCCGCGCCGAAGAGCGCGACGAGGAUGCGCGUGCAGGUUUAAUGGUAUCGAUUGAGUUUGGUCGAAGUCCCCUUUUGGGCAAACACACCGACGCACUUCCGGUCCCGCCGGCCAGCAGCGUUCGACAGAAAGGAAAGAAAGCAAGGGAGGGAGGGAAAAAUGAUCUCGAGUCUCCGAGAAGAUCGUGACAGAGAAAGAGAGAGAGAGAGAGAGAGAGAGAGAGAAAGGGGGGGGAAGAGAGGGACCGAUCCUCCGUUCGAAAUUCAAUUCUAGUCAAAAGAGGGUACAAAGCCGAGACGGGUGUCAGCUCGGACAGGCGAAAUCGGUACUUAUUUAAUGCGAGAAAGAAGAAAGGAGGAGACGGAAAGAAAGAGAGAGAGAGAGAAGAGAGAGAGAAAGAGAUGGAAAGAGGAGACUCGAGAGGAAAAAAUUUUCCAUGGGAUUGCGCGAGCGCAUAUUUCACUCGGCACGCAGAGAAAAGAUGAAGAGGGAAACAAAGAGAAUCGACGAAUUAAAAAAAAGGGGAGGAGAAGGAAAAAGAAAACGAAAUAUGGUGCUGGAGACGCAAUCUGUGGAGUCGGCGGGAUGGCGGGACCGUACACGAGGAAAUAUCCGCGUUGCUGACAAAACGUAGCCUCUUUUCGUUGUGUCAAACCGCCGGCCAGGAUCCGGGCCGAUCCUUGUAUAAGCAAAAAUGACAAACUUUCAAAAAGCAAAAAAAGAUGAAUGUACGGUGCGAAUGGAUCUUUCAUGAAGCUUCGAUUGUUGUUGUUCCGUCGAGUUUUUCCUUUUGCAUAUAAAGAUACCCACCCUCACGCUUUCCCGGCGAGGCUGCCGGGCGGGAUCUCGCACGUACGUUUCGAUACGCUUGAAGAAAAAUCGAUUCUCGAUCGGCGAAAAUAUGGCAAAAAGCUUGGAACGUAAAAUGGAGAAAAAAAGUAAAAUCGAAAACGAGUCGAGAGCCCGUCAAGCGAGCCCCAGCCUUUCGAUACCGCGGUUAACCUACGAUUAUUAUGAUUACUAUUAGUUAUUAAUUAUUAUCAUUAUUAUUAUUAUUACAAUGAGAUUGCCAGAGGGCAAUUGGAGGCGUAUUUUAUAGAGAAACAAAAGGGAGGGGAGAAAGAGAAAGAAAAAAAUCCAGGGAGCAAUGCCUCGGUUUAAAGUUCAGAUCGUCGAAGCCAUAAUAUGUUACAAAAUAAUAAUUUUUUAAGUGAAUCGACGAGAAGCGGUAGUAAGGGAAGAGAAGCCACGUUUCGAGAUUCUCUUUUUUUUUCUUUUCCUUCUUCACGCGGCUCCUUUUCUUUUUGUAAUUAUACACGUGCACACGAAACACGCGUACAUACAAAACUCACACUGAUUAAGUGCUAUUACGUUACUUAGGGAAUAAAUAUUUUGUACAAAAAGUAGAAAACGGAAAACGAUACCGCGUUUUCGAACAUUUAAUUCCUUCUCUCUUCCUUUAUUAUUAUUACUAUUAUCGCAAUAAUAAUAAUAAUUAUAUCAUAGACAAUUAGGCAUCGAAAUUUUAUUGUUGUUAACGAUCGCGCGAGAUUGGUUUUCAUUAUGUUUGUUAAUUUUUUUUUUCUUUUUAGUUAUGCGCGUGGUAUCGCACGACUGAGAAAGACGGAGAUGACGGAGGCAAAUUGUCGUUAAUUGAGAUUUAUAUGUUUUUCUUCGUUUUUCCUUACGCUAGGUAUAUCGAAUUCGACUCUCGUUUUCUCGAUCUUCUUUUUUUAAUUUACGUAUCGCGCAUGUGUAUCGCGCAUGUGUAUCGUAGAAGUUAUUCAAAUUUUUAUGUUCCUCCUUAUACCCCCCUUUUUUACGUACAACACCAGUGCACUUUCCUCGUUUAGAAGACGAAGAGUACGGGGACUAAUCUCGAUCUCACUUUACACGUGUAAAUCCCUCGUCGCCGCGGAGAUAAAUCAAGCUCGUUCGAAUCGACGAGUCGCGAGGAUUGAAUUUUAUUUCUUCCAUGUCCCACAUCAUACGUACUCCCUAAUCUUCUCUUCGCAACGUUUUCGUUCGCCGAACCGCGAGAUUAUUAAAGACCACGCUUUUAGUCUCUACGUGACGAUUACUUUCGGUCUCGCUAUGAGAGAGUUCCUAUUUAUUAAAGAAAAAAAAUUUAAUCGGUAAGAGAAAAACUCGGGGAGAGGGAGAAAAGAGGGAAAAGCGUGGUGGGAAACGCGACGUUCGGCGAGCGAGCUCGUCGAAUUUACGUUUGCUAGUCAGAAUUGGUUUAAAAACGAUGAAGCAAGCUAGAGAGAUUUUUACGGUUAGUUACUGUCUAUUAUUAAUUAAUUAAUUUGUUAAGCGUAGCCGUUACGUUAAUUAGCGCGCCCCCUCCCCCCACCUCUCAUCCAGUGCUGCACUCAUUCUGGGGUAAAGUAGGUCAACUUGCACACGUGCACGCACACACGCGCAUAUACACGCACAUAUAAUACACGCAAUGGUAUACAAACUACGGUUCUUUAGUUACUAUUCAUAUAUAGAUUGAGUCCUCGAUUUAUACGAAAAUUAAUUGCAGUCCGCCGAGACGUAAGGUCAUGUUAAAUUUAAGUCACACUUCAACUUAUUUUUGUUACGAUCUUCCUUUUUAUUUUCCUCUCAUGCCUUAGACGCAUACACUCACGCAGGUUUGGCCUGCCGCAACUAUUACAUAAUAGUGUAGUGCCAACACUACCAUCACUCCUACUAUUACACUUACUGCUACCGCUGUCGCUAGGAAAUCGUUAGUAUAUCGCUAUUAUUAUUAUUAUUAUUAAUUAUUAUUAUUAUAUUAUGUUAUAUAUUAUAUGUUAUUAUUAAAACAAUAUUAUUAAUUAUUAAUAUUAUUAUAAUUAUUAUUAUAUUAUCAGCAUCGUAUGUAUUAGAAUCCGUGUUGUAAACUGUUCUGUCUUCGUUCGCGUAUGGUACAUUAGGUAAAUCGAUGUGAUACAUGUCUAGUUCUCUUUAUGUCAAUUCGACCGUGAUUAGUUCCCUUCUUCACAUCCUUUUUUUGUUUCGUAAUUCAUCUUUCGUACAUGUGGUUCCUCGCGAUCGACGACGGCUUCUUUUGCCUGAGAGAGAGAGAGAGAGAGAAAGAGAGAGAGAGAGAAAAGAGGCAAGACAAUGUGUCGAAUCUUUAAAAUACGCUGACGAUUGUCACAUGGAGUUUAGGACACGUGCAUUUAUUAAAUUUUAUCGUUACCUACUAUUAUUACCUUGUCAAUGAAGUACCGGGCGUACAAACGCUUAACUCGCAAGCGCGGAGAAUGCUGUUACAAAAAUCUUUCUCUUUUUUAUCGUUCGACGUAUCGGAAUUUUGAAUAUAUGUUCAAGCAAAUUCGAUACUUCGAGAUAUAUUUCUAAGUAUAUAAAAAUAUGUAUGUGAUCUAAAGUGUGAAAUUAAUAUUACAUUGAUCUCGAUAUGGCGCGUUCGUACGUCCGGCGAUAUUCGUUAUUAGUUAAUGCCAUUAGUUAUUAUCAGUUAAUGCUAUUAGUACUAUUACCAUUAUUAUUAGUUAUCGCUAUCGACUCUUAAUGCGUCCCUUAUUGUCGAUCGGCGAGAUAACUAUUUUGAUUGCCCUUUCCGUCUCGAACGCGCUUCGUUUAAUUAGUUGCUGUCGCACUAAUUAUCCAUUCUCAUUAAUUAUCAAUAAAUUCGAGGACUUGGAAUUAAUUCGAAAUUAGGAUCUUUCGAAAGUGUUACAGAUUCACGUUAGAGAAAAAAAAGAUUUCUUUAUGAUUUUGUAUAAUGGCAAAAUAACACGUUGUUGAAAUUAAUUAUGCAAUUGUUACAUCUCAAUCACUCGAAAUUCUAUCAUUGUCGAAUUAAUGUGCGGCAGUAUCAAAUACGGAGUUAACCGAUCGAGACGGAAAGCGGUGUGCGCGAUUUGAGAUGGACGAUUAAUGUCCAAGAGGUGCGAUGACGAGCUAAAGAAACCAGAAAUCGCGACAAAGGAUGACGAAGCGAGAAGAACAAUUCUUCUCCUCGCUGGUCGUUCUGGUCGCGUUUUCUGGUUGCAAUUAGAGAAGCUAUGGGAUCCUCAAAGCACCAAUGCACGUCGCGAGCUACGUAUAUACAAUUUCGAAUUUCGGAAAUGAUUGACGCGCGGAAAAGAAGUACGGAAACAAAAAAACAAAUACAAUGUAGUAAGAAGGAGAAAGAGAGAGAGAGAGGGAGAGAAAGAGAGAGAGAGAGAUGAAGAGAAAGGAGGAAAGCAUGUCAUACAAUUAUAUUCAUACCAAUCUCUUUCGGUUACGAGCAAGUUCCGCAUUGCGUAGGAUGUCUCAUUGAUUACGAUGUGAAGAUUAAAUAUCUUACUAGAUGAGAACGAGAAUGGUCGAUGAUUGCGACUAACGGUGGAAGAGCGAGAUCCAAAUUGUGAAAUCGCGAGAGCCUUUUUGCACAAAAAUACGCAUUAUUUACAAACCGAUGCGUAUCUCUAGGAACGUUCUUUUUGUUAUUGUUGAUGAUGAUAAUGAUAAAUACGUCGAUGAAAUGAAAGGGUGCUUCUAUGCGAUGAAAGGAGCUCCGGGCACGCGUGGAAGGAAAAAAAUUCGAAAUUCGGAAAAAAAUCUAGUCUUUUCCCUACCACGUGCGCGACGAUCCGAUUCCGUCUCGCGUGCGUGGGCAGUGUUCGAUGAGAAUUCAAAAUUAGCGUGUAUCGAUAGCUAUUGGAAUCAAUCUUACUGGUCGCUCGAUCGACCGUCAAUUAAUCUUUCCGGGCAUAGCGACGACGGGCAAACAGCGACUGUGAGUAAAAACUGUCGGGGGCUUCGCUCUAAAGUUCGAGAGGCCCAUUAUUCUCACGUCUACGCGGAAUGCGAGAUACCAAUCCGAUUUCUUUUCAGGUUCUCCGGUUCGCCCUCCGUCGCUACGCUCUCCUUAGCCGAGAAACAUGCUCAAUUCUUGUCGAUCAGUCUCCACAUUUCGAUCAUGCUCCGUACUUAGGAUGCUCGAAAGAUGUGCUUGAUUUACGUGGCGCAAAAUUUGUUGGAAAAAGUAUACGACGCUUUCUCGAGGCCUUUUCUAACGAUUUUCAAAAACAACACUUUCGACAGAAGUAACAGCCAUUUCGAACGUAGAUAUUUUUCCAAAGAGUUUCUCUCAAAUUUUCAACGUUUUCAGACGCACGAUGCCAGCGCGAGGAAAGGCCUCGACAAAAUGUCGACAGUUCUCUCGAACAUAUCAAAAUACGAUAGAAAACUCCACGUCGGAGCAUUUACUGCGACAUUACUUUCGAUGUGUAAUUAGAUUGUAAGUAAGAAAUCUAAUGAACAAACGCACGCGUCUAUGCGCGCCGCGACGCGCGCUCGCGCAUAGACGCCAUUGAACACUGCACGAUCGAUGAUCGCGAGAAAAAAAAACAGGUAAUCAACGCGAAAUCGAGGAUGGGAAAAGAUCCGAUCCUUGAAACAUCCUUUAGGCUUACGAUCGAGGAUUAAGAGUUUGUUAGAUGUUAAUGUCUGCGGAGCGAGUCGGCUUCGCGCUUGGUGAAGUGAUCUUCGCGCAAAAACUUUCUCGCAAAAUUCCAAAUCCUCUUAAGAAAUUCCAAUACAUGAAAUGAAAUUUUUCUGCGAGAUGUAAAGUCUUUUACGAAAGAAAUUUCACGUUUAUACGGCAAGGCGUAAUCGAGGAACCGCGUUCGAUAAAGAGAGAUUCGAACUACGGAGAUCAUUUCGACAAGAUCGCGAGGCCGAUUCGCGGGCGUGUAGAUCGAAGAUAAGGCGGAAUGAAAAGUUUAUAAGCGAGAAUAAAAUUCUUCGUGCCUCACGACUUCCGGUUGGACGACCUUUCACGCGACUACGAUAUAAUCGUUAAUUAACGGCUCGGAUAGUUAUAUGAGAACGGGAGACGAAUGGAAGAAAUUCGACCCGCAGUUAAAUUGUAAAUAUGCGGUGAGUCAAAAUGUGAAAAAUUCUCCCGAUCGUGAAAUUCGUUCCUUCGUAAGCGCAAGAACGGAAGCUCGUCGAUUCCGGAAGCACGCGAUCGGCCAGCCUAAAUUUAAGGUCUUUUUUAGAAAUUAGCGGCGGAAAGGCAGAUAUAAUAUCGCGAGGGCGACUAUCGCUGCAAUUUUGUGAAUGAGAGCAAGGGUUUGCCUGCGAGUGGAAUGUUGUGAGAUGAGCAAACGGAAGAGUGCGUCAAUGCGUAUGUUCGUUGAUAAGAAAGCAAAGCGCGAGAAUGCGAGAGUGAAAGAUGUAUUGGGAAGAGAAAAAGAGAGUGAGAGCGAAUGAAAGAUUAAGUAUGAGAAAAUGGGAUAUAAGUGUAUGUGUGAGAUAGGAGAAUAAACAAAAUUUUACUACCAAGUGGACUAGAAUCGCAACCGAUGGGCAUUAUUAAGCGAAAAUAAAAUUUUCGGAGCGUUUUUUCGACGAAGAAAAGCGUCCAAAAUUGUACCUAUUUUCAUUUUAUAAAUUAUAUAUAUAUAUGUAUAUGUAUAUGUAUAUGUAUAGAUAUACGACGACCUAAACGAUUAUUAUUGCAAGAUGUAAUUGCAAGAGAGAGAGAGAGAGAGAAAGAGAGGGAGAGUGUGUGAAA